AUGCCGCAUAUCGAGUCGGAAGACGUACAGCCUCGGGCUGAAUCAUCAGCUGAGCAGCUUCAGGGCCUACCCUUUCCCCCGGUCACCUACUCACACAUCCUGCAUUGCUCUUAUCAUUAUUGGCAACCUCGCUAUCGCACUCUCACUCCCAAGUCCCGCACUAUUCCCUUGACCGCUCCGUUCGUUUCCUACCUCCGUGCGGAUGGGAUCGUUCUACCGCCAGAAAAUGCCCAGCUCGCCGACGACGAUAACCUCGACGCAUAUUCCGAUGACUCUGCAGAAGAAGAACCAGAUCCGUCAGUGGAAUGGAAAGAUAUCCACGCACAAGUCAAGUCUAUAAUAUCCGAAUUCGGUGGAACAGUGACCCCAAAGCUGAAUUGGAGUGCCCCCAAAGACGCAUCAUGGAUGUCGGCAACAAACGACCUUGAGUGUCGCACACCAAACGACGUAUAUCUCCUCUUGAAGAGCAGCGAUUUUGUUACGCAUGACUUGGAAUACCCUUUCGACGGUUGUGUUCCCGAUCCGGUAGAUUCUGCCUCACCUUCUGAUACUACUCCGCCCGAAGUCCCCUACUAUCUUGUCCUUCGCAAAUACGUCAACUUCAAUCCUUCCCUUGAAUUUCGAGGUUUCGUGCGCAAUCGCGUCCUCUUGUGUAUCUGCCAGCGAGACCAGAACCACUUCGACUUUCUCUUCCCCAUGCGCGAUGCACUCCGGUCCCGGAUCCAGGCAUUUUUUGACAACAAACUCAAAGACACUUUCCCGGAUCCCAAUUUUGUCUUCGACGUGUACAUCCCUGCUCCACACCAACGGGUCUGGCUUGUGGAUAUAAAUCCAUGGGCUGAACGGACGGAUCCCCUCCUGUUCAGCUGGAUGGAAAUUUUGAAAAUGAAAGAUCCGAUCGGCGUUCAAGAGGAAGAUGACGGAGCACAGGAACAAUUCGUUCGUCUUUCCCUGAAUGGAGAUCGCCCCACUAUUAUGGUGCCUAGAGCGGUCGAGGAAGCCGAGUCUGAGUCAGAAUCGGACGAUGAUCCAGAAGACGAAUAUCUUGACGAUUCCCCUUUCCUUCCUGAAUUUCGUCUUGUGAAGCACAAUGAUCCCGAAGCGUAUGCGUUUACAACUCCUCAGUAUUCAGCGCACAAAUUGCCCAAGGAGGUGGUUGAAGCCUCGAUCUCCGGACCGGGAGGCAUGAGCGAAUUCCUAGGAAAGUGGCAGGAUAUCCUAGCUAAGCAAGCGCAAGAGUCGGAUACAGACAGUGACGGUGGGCGAUAG